GAGAACCUCGGGCCGUCUCCUGGGCAGUCCUGGCGGCCUCGCAUCGAUCUCGGGUCUAAGGUCCGGCCGGGUCAGAGUUCCCGCGGCUCUUCCUCGCCUGCGAGUCGCCACCCCACCCCCUGGCCCCGUCGCCGCUCCGGGAACUCAUUAGCGGAGGCCUCGGUGUCCCCGAGGGGCCCUGCAGCCUACGCCGUGGUCAGGUGCGAGGAGACAGGUCAUCGGUGGCUGCCCGCCCGAGGGAGGCGGGGCCUGUCCGAGGCCCGGGCCGGGCAGGGGGCAGCGGGCGGCCGGGACCCCGCGUCCCCUCCUCCUCCGCGCCGCAGCCUUGCGACCCUGGGCGCGACUCCGCGCCCCCUCCGCCGCACCGUCCCCGGCAACAGGUGAAGAGGCGGCCGGCGGCUGUGCCCCCGCGGGGCGGUCCCUCCGCUGCGCGCCUCGCGCCCGCCCCUCUCCACGCCCCCUACCCUCCCCCCCGGCCACCGCCGCUCGCUUCGGCCGCCCGGCGGCCUCCUCUGGCUCGGACUCCUGCUCUCGGGCCCCAUCGCCGCCUGAGAGCCCGCACGCCGAGGAGCGGGGGCGCCACGCACUCGCAGGACUCGCGCCGCUGCUGGACCGGCCGCGGCUGGCACCCCCGCGUGCUCCCCUCCCCCUCGCCGGGGUCCCGGGGCUCCGGGCCGCGCGUCCAGCCUCCGACGCGCAGGGGGGUCCCAGAGGAGGGGCCAGCCCGGCCAAGGCGCGACGAUGGAGGACCCGCAGCGUGCCCGCCCGCACACCGUCACCACCACCGCCAGCUCUUUCGCGGAGAACUUCUCCACCACCAGCAGCAGCUUCGCCUACGACCGGGAAUUCCUUCGCACAGUGCCCGGGCUCCUCAUCGUGGCGGAGAUCAUUCUGGGACUGCUGGUAUGGACACUUAUCGCUGGAACUGAGUACUUUCGGGUCCCUGCAUUUGGCUGGGUCAUGUUUGUAGCGGUAUUUUACUGGGUCCUCACCAUCUUCUUCCUCGUCAUCUACAUAACGAUGACCUACACCAGGAUCCCCCAGGUGCCCUGGACUACCGUGGGCCUGUGCUUCAACGGCAGCGCCUUCGUCUUGUACCUCUCGGCCGCUAUCGUGGAUGCGUCCUCCGUCGCCCCGGAGAGGGACAGCCACAACUUCAACAGCUGGGCUGCCUCCUCGUUUUUCGCCUUCCUGGUCACCAUCUGCUACGCUGGAAACACGUAUUUCAGUUUUAUAGCUUGGAGAUCCAGGACCCUACAGUGAUUUGCCAUUCUGAGAAUGAAGAGGGGGGAGAAAAGGAAGAAUCUCACUGUAAAAACAGCUGUAGGUAUAAUGUAUAUUUCCAGAGAAUUAUAUUUAACUAAUGUUUUUAUAUACUUAGUUAAAUUUCGCUCCAUGGUUUGUUACAAUUAAACUGGAUAUUUGUUUGCAAAGUGCUGUAGGUUAUAAUGACCUCUUAAAGAUCUUGCUGGUGUCUUCAUGCACCUUAUUACUAUUUUCUUAGACAAUGUAUAAAUGGAUAAAAUGCUAAUGUGAAGAAAGUGUCAAGUUUGUAAACCUAACUUUUAAAAUGCCAGAUUUUUUUUUGAUUAAAUGUUUUAAAAUCUUGAA